AUGACUACAGAAGUUAAUGCAGAUCCAUAUUUUGAUGAUGAAGAUGAAGAAAACGAAGGUAUAUAUGCUAUUAUUUUGCUCUUGCAUUCUAUUGCUUAUAAAGCUUCUUUUCAUUUUGUAGAAAUUUAUCGACAGUUAUUAAGAAAACGUGAUACACUACCACCUUGUGAUCCUACAACUUUACCAUUCUCUUCAAUUUCUCAACCACGUAUUUUGUGUUCGAGAGAAGAAGCAGAAACUAUUCUAAAGACAACGGCUGGUGUUCGGCCUGGAAAUUUUAUAGUUCGUCCAAGUGCUCAUGUCAAACAUCCAUAUUCAUUGUCUCUGUUGUGUACGGAUUAUAAUAUAUAUCAUUUUCAAAUUUGUCAAAUAUCAAAUAAAUACACCUUAGCAUCUCUUGAAACAAUGAAUAUGUUAACAACACAAACAUUUUGUUCAUUAUCUUCAUUUCUUGAAUAUUAUUUAACAAAUCCAAUUAAAUUUCAAGAUAAUAAUGAUAAAAAACAUUCAAUUAUUUUACAAUUAUAUUCAAUUAAUGCAGUAACACGAUUAUAA